CCAGGUGCUGGCUCUGCUGUGAUCAUGUCCGUGACCUUUGUCCUCUUGCUCUUCCUGAGCCAGGCCACCUCAGAUCCAUGCUAUGAUCCAGGGGGCCGCCCUCGCUUCUGCCUCCCACCAGUGACCCAGCUGGCUGGCGGUGUGAUGGCCUCCUGCCCUCAGGCCUGUGCCCUUCCUGCAGGGAGUGGCCCUGGCCCUGCGGCCACCUGUAACAGCAGCCUGACCCUGGACCUGGAUGGCCCCUUCCUCCUGACAUCUGUCAGCCUGCGCUUCUGCACCCCAGGACCCCCAGCCCUGGUCCUGUCUGCUGCCUGGGCUGCUGGAGGGCCCUGGAGGCUGCUGUGGCGCAGGCCUGCCUGGCCAGGGGUCCUGGGGGCUCCUGAGAGGGUGACCUUCCGCUCCCCACCAGGUCCUAAGGCCAAGGUGGUGGUCAGCCACCUCCGUGUAGAGUUUGGGGGCCAGGCAGGGCUGGCGGCUGCCGGGGUGAGAGGCCGUUGUCAGUGCCACGGCCAUGCUGCCCGCUGUGCUGCCCGCACCCGACCUCCUCGCUGCCGCUGCCGCCACCACACCACUGGCCCAGGCUGCGAGAGCUGCCGCCCGUCCCACCGCGACUGGCCCUGGCGGCCCGCCACACCUCAGCACCCCCACCCCUGCCUGCCCUGCUCCUGCAACCAGCAUGCCCGACGCUGCCGGUUCAACUCUGAGCUGUUCAGGCUAUCGGGUGGCCGGAGUGGGGGUGUGUGUGAGCGGUGCCGCCACCACACAGCAGGGCGGCACUGCCAUUAUUGCCAACCAGGCUUCUGGAGGGACCCCAGCCAGUCCAUCACCAGUCGCAAGGCCUGCAAGGCCUGCCAGUGUCACCCUAUUGGGGCAACAGGAGGCACCUGCAAUCAGACUAGCGGGCAAUGCCCCUGCAAGUUAGGGGUCACAGGCCUGACAUGUAAUCGGUGUGGUCCUGGGUACCAGCAGAGCCGCUCCCCCAGGAUGCCCUGCCAGCGAGUUCCAGAGGCAACAACUACUCUUGCUACUACUCCGGGGGCUUCCCGCUCUGACCCUCAGUGUCAAAACUACUGCAAUGUCUCGGACACCAGCGUCCACAUGAGCCUUCAGAAGUACUGCCAGCAGGACUAUGUUCUGCACGCGCAGGUGCUGACGUUCGAGGUGGCAGGCUCUGCAUGGCGUCGCCUGGCCGUGCGCGUGUUGGCUGUGUAUAAGCAGAGGGCACAGCCAGUGCGCCACGGCAGCCAGGACGCCUGGGUGCCCCGCGUCGACUUGGCCUGUGGCUGCCUACGUCUACGGCCUGGUACCGACUACCUGCUGCUGGGCAGCGCAGCUGGCGACCCGGAUCCCACGCGCCUCGUCCUCGAUCGCCACGGCCUUGCCCUGCCCUGGAGGCCGCGCUGGGCCCGGCCGCUGCGGCGGCUGCAGCAGGAGGAGCGUGCAGGGGGCUGCCGCGGCCUGAGGCCUCCGACACCGAGCCCUGGGCCUGAACACUAG